GAGAUUUGAAAACAAGUCAGUCCAAGCAAGCGAGAGCUGCCAAAUCCUCCCGUGGCAAUCCCUGCGUGCUUCGGCAUUUUAUCGUACGUUCCCAGGGAGCCCGAAACAGAAGGGUUUCCGGCCACCAAGAGGAUGCACCAAGAUAAGGAAGAGAUGAAGGAGACCGACGGGAGCCUCCUGGGAGACCCCAGCCAGACGCCUCUGGGGAAGAAGGAGAAUGCCAAGUGGCAGAAGCCGUGGCUCACCCGGAAGGCCCUGAGGAAAUGCUGCCUGGUCAAAUGGAUCCUGUCCAGUGCGGUGCCCCAGGGAUCAGACAGCAGUGACGGCGAGCUGGAGCUCUCAACCCUGCGACACCAGCCGGAGGGCCUGGACCAGCUGCAGGCCCAGACCAAGUUCACCAAGAAGGAACUGCAGUCGCUGUACCGAGGCUUCAAGAACGAAUGUCCUACCGGCCUGGUAGACGAAGAAACCUUCAAGCUCAUCUACUCCCAGUUCUUCCCUCAGGGAGAUGCCACCAUGUACGCCCAUUUCCUCUUCAACGCCUUUGACGCAGACGGCAACGGGGCCAUUCACUUCGAGGACUUUGUGGUCGGCCUCUCCGUCCUGCUGCGCGGCACAGUCCACGAGAAGUUGAAAUGGGCCUUCAAUCUGUACGACAUUAACAAGGACGGCUACAUCACGAAGGAGGAGAUGCUGGCUAUCAUGAAGUCCAUUUAUGACAUGAUGGGUCGCCACACCUUCCCCAUUCUGAGGGAUGAGGCCCCCCUGGAACACGUGGAGAGGUUCUUUCAGAAAAUGGACCGCAAUCAGGACGGAGUGGUUACAAUGGAGGAGUUUCUGGAGACUUGUCAAAAGGACGAGAACAUCAUGAGCUCCAUGCAGCUGUUUGAGAACGUGAUCUAGCGGCGCCGUGGCCCGGCUUCCUGGGGCUCUGUCAAAAUGGCUGUGCUGCGGCCAGCCACUGCCGCCACCAGAAACAGUUUUUAUAGAUUUCAAGAAAAAAAAACUGUUCAAAACGUUUGCUCCAGAUGCACAUAUCCAGGGGACCGCUGGACUUGGAAAGGGCAAACCAGAGACUAAGUGACUGAGACAGACCAGGGGAGAGAAUGUGGG